CAGCUCGGCAUUUGGCCUUGGAGGCGAUAUCCGGCGCUGGCAGGUCCGGCGAGAAGGUGUCUGCGCCUCGCGCGCGAGCUCGACCCUUCUCCCAUGGUCGCGCGCCUCGGCCUCCCCCUCCUGCAGGUGUUGGAGUAUUCGACUUUCGGGAGCUUCGAGGACGACCAGGCCCUCAGCAUCGAAUUCAUCGAUUCGUUCGACCUCGGCGAGGAUGACUACACCGGCUGGGCUCUUGCCGUCUGGAGACUCCAGCGGUCUGACCUCUGCACGUGCCGGAAAUCUUUUCGCUCCAUUUUGGAAGGUAUACAGAAGCUCAGGAAUCCGCUCAAAACUUUUAAGCCAGGCCAGCCCUCUCCAAGCAUGGAUUUCGGUUUCUGCGAGGAUUGCAUCAUGACGUUCAAUAUCAUAUUCCGGAAACUGAAGGCGGCACCUGGCUGUAUCCGAUGCCAGACAGCUUACAGAUUCUUGGCCUUCCGGCUCGGAUCCGAUCUCAUCUGGCUGUGGUAUCUCAGCACGAACCGGCACGUGGGAGAGGAGGACUUGUCCGCGUUGGAACCUAGUGAUUGCAACUGGAUGGAUAUCCGGAUCUGCUCUGCGCGGCUGCAAGGAUUCCGGCUGCGAUGGGUCGGCGACAACAUGCGACACUUUCCCGUUGGAGGGCGAGACGACCCGGCCUUGGCCAGGGCGAAAGCUGUCUCCGUGGAAGACCGGGCAGACCGGGAGCUCACAUGCUGGGUCGACCUAACCGAUUGGGACGAGUCGAGCACGAGCGUAUCAGGUGAGGGGGGGUUCUCCUGGACGGACUUGCAAAAUGGUAUUAGGUACUUGGGAGUGCGGAGAGACAAGUUUUUGGUCCAGUGCGGCGCAGUGCCUGCUCGGUUUGAGGCCACGCUCCGAUUGCCCGACCAGCUGAAGAUGCUCGAGGAAUUUCUAGAACUUGGACCAGGUGGACUCGUACUUUCAAGUCUGUCGGCGCCGGCGCUUGAGGAUCCCGAGGUACAACAGAUCCUUGAGUCGACCUGCAGACUGAGGAGCCGCGCCCAAUGGUGGCGUUACAUCAAUGCAAAAGGGAUGGAAUUCGACAUGUUUGAAUCCGCGGACCGCUCAUGGUGGCCUUUGCGCGCAGACGUCCUGGAGAAAAGCACGGGGGACUCGUGGAUCGAGCAGUACGGAUUCACCCUUCGCUGCUACCUGAUCCUACGAUCGGAUUGUGAAGGUGCGAUGGAGCGACACUGGUCGGAAGAUGAAGCUAGAGUGCUGGGACGCACCUGGAGCGCGAUGGAGAGACUCCACGGCCCGGAUUCCGAAGAGUGUCGGAGGGCGGCGUUCUACUCGUGCAAGAUGCGCGGCCUGCCAGUCGAUCAGAUUAUUGAGCGUUUGCGGCCCCACGUCGAGGCGUCGAUUGCGCGGCCGAGCGAGAGCUGGUCGCACGAAAGAUGCAUCAUCGAGUACGUCCGGGCCCUGAUGUCCGACGGGCAUUCAGACGCGGCCCAGCAAUGUCUUCGGGAGGUUCGCAGGGCCUACGACGCCUCCGGGCUGCAUCUAGUGACGGUCGACAUGACCCUACUGCACAUGACGAAUCUGGAGACGGCGAGCGAGGGAGAUUCGCCCCAGGACAAGCCAAUCCAGGUCUUCGUGAAAGGUUUCAGCGGGCGGUCAUACACUUUGCAGACCAGAGCAAUCGCGACUGUGUCCAGUCUCUACCCUCAGAUUAUGGAUCGGGAAGGGACAACGGGAGCCCACAUACGUCUACUCUUCGGAGGGAAGGGACUAGAGAAGGACCGGCUGCUGUCGGACUACAACAUCCAGGAGGGAUCCACCCUGGAUCUGGUGUACAGGUUGCAUGGGGGAGUUCAGCCACCUUGGCUCCUCCGCGCUGACCUUUGGGCUCUGCGUGUUUGCCAGCGACAGAGACGGUAAUGCUGCGAAAGAUAUUGUCACCAGUUCUCUACCGGUAUCUCGAGCCGGGUAAGUUCCUCUUUGAGCACGUCCGUCUCAACGGUAGGGAAGUUGAGUCGAAGUCCAUGUUGUUGUGGCCAGCAGCCAUGAGGGUCAUGGUGGGCCGUUUUGAGUGGCUGGAAGAGAACACCGAGUGGCGAGGGCCCCGGCGGAAUAACGAGGUGCACGACUUCCAAUAGUUAGGAUCUUCCAAUAGUCAAGAUACGAGAUGGGGAGGGGCUGUGGUGUUACCCUGUUCAGGCUUGGU